ACUCGACUUAUAAUUGGUAUACGUGAUAUCUAGUUACGACUAAUCAAAGUCAGUGCAUUCAAACAAACAUUAAAUCUAAUCACAUGGAAUCAUUAUAAACAUGACCAAAUUUCGUCCGUGUUCACAUUUCGUAGUGGGAAAAAGUCAUAAAUUGAAAAUGAUUGAAGUUGCAACAAAGCAGAUCAUAAUUAAUAGUUGCAUUCUCAGUUAUCUUUCCUCUCAUUUGAAUGGUUUGACCCGUCUCUCGCUCUAUCAUGUCCUGAAAAACAAAAAACAAAAAACAAAAAAAGUAUCUGUGCUGCUGCUUAAUAUAUCUAACUUUAUGUGAUCAGGCUGAUCACAGAACUGGAAAAAGAAUAACCAUGGAUACCAAAAAAAACUGGUAUCUAGCAUUCUUCUCAAUCAAUAUGCCAAUUAUUUUAAUGAUAAUGUCAAAAUCAGCCUCCGCUCAAAAUUAUUACUGUUCAAACACAACUAUGUUCACCAACAAUACCCAAUAUCAAGCCAACCUCAACACCUUGUUCCGCUCCUAUCCUCCAAUGCGACCAACCCCACCGGCUACCAUCAAGCUGUUUCUGGCGACAGCGACACAACAAGCGAGACAGUUUUUGGCCACUUCCUCUGCCGCGGGGAUCUGAACAGCAGUUCGUGCCAAGAUUGCGUUACCACUGCCACAGCUACCGACCUCCCAAACACCUAUUGUCCAAACCGAAAAAUAGCAAUCAUAUGGUACGACGAUUGUAUGGUAAGGUAUUCAAACCAAUCAUUUUUCGGUACAAUGGAUCAGUUGCCCGCUGUGCUGUUAUCGAAUACGUUUAAUGUGACUGGGAACACGACCCAUUUUGAGGAAGUUCUUGGGAAUAUGUUGAGAAACGUCAUUGCCGUUCGAGCUGCAAGUGGUGGGUCGCAGAAGAAAUUUGCUACAGAUGUUGCAAAUUAUACGAGUUUGCAAACAAUAUAUGGGUUGGGGCAGUGUACGCCGGACUUGAGCGCCAGUGAUUGUAAUAGAUGCUUCGAGAUUGGUAUUGGGCAGUUGCCCGUGACUCAGGGUGGACAAAUUUUGCAGGCAAGCUGUAUAGUCCGGUAUGAGAUGUAUUCUUUCUUUAAUUUAUCUUCGCUAGCGCCACCACCUCAGCCGUUGUCACUACCUCCACGACAGUCACCCUCUGCUGAUUCAGCCCACUCUGAAAGUAAUGUCUCAGCAAAGGUUAUUAUUGCCAUUGUUGUGCCUGUAGUGGUUGUCUUAGCGUCAUUGAUUCUUAUAUGUGUUUGUUGCGCCAAAUACAAGAAAACCAAGACGUAUGCUCCUGUUGUUGAAAGUGGUGAGGACUUUACUACUGUCGACUCCUUGCAAUAUGACCUAACAACUCUUCAGUCUGCAACAAAUAAUUUUUCGGAGGCGAACAAAUUGGGUGAAGGUGGAUUUGGUGGUGUGUAUAAGGGCGCACUACCAAAUGGCCGAGAGAUAGCAGUAAAAAGGUUGUCUAUGAACUCAUCUCAAGGAGUACAAGAAUUCAAAAAUGAGGUCGUGUUAGUAGCCAAGCUUCAACACAGGAAUUUGGUGAGAGUUUUUGGAUUUUGCUUUCAAGGACAAGAAAAGUUACUAGUAUAUGAAUACGUACCCAACAAGAGCCUUGACAAAAUUCUUUUUGAUCCUGUCAAUCAAGGACUUCUUGACUGGGCUACACGCUAUAAAAUCAUAGGAGGCAUAGCUCGAGGAAUGCUUUAUCUCCAUCAUGAUUCUCAACUCCGAAUUAUACAUCGAGAUCUUAAGCCUAGUAAUGUCUUGUUGGAUGCCGAUAUGAAUCCAAAAAUUGCAGAUUUUGGAAUGGCAAGAAUAUUUGGAGUGGAUCAAACCCAAGGCAAUACAAGCAGGGUUGUCGGAACUUAUGGCUACAUGUCUCCAGAAUAUGCAAUGAAUGGGCAAUUCUCUAAUAAAUCAGAUGUAUAUAGUUUUGGUGUCUUAGUGCUGGAAAUUAUCAGUGGUAAGAGAAAUAACACAUAUUACGAAUCAGGGGAAACUGAAGACCUUCUUUGUCAUGCAUGGAAACAAUGGAGAGAUGGCAUGAUUCUAGAAUUUGUUGAUCCAACAGUAAGGGAUUCGUGCUCAAUGGACGAAAUUAUGCGAUGCGUACACCUUGGAUUGAUAUGUGUUCAGGAAUCCGCAGACGAUAGACCUAGUAUGGCGACAGUAGUGCUCACCUUGGACAGCAACUCAGUCACUCUUCCCGUGCCAGAAGCGCCGGGUUUCUUCAUAAAAACAAUAGGGAAGUCCAAGACUUCUAAGGAGAUUGGUUCAAACCCAUCAUCGAGCAAGUCAACCCCUUGGUCUAUAAAUGAUGUGUCAAUUACUGAACCUGAACCCAGGUAGACUGGUAUGUCAAAGUAGAAGACAUGGUACCGUCAAAAAAAAAAAAGUAGAAGACAUGUAUAGAGUCAUUGCAAUUAUAAUCUUCAAAAUUUGUAAUUCUGGUAAACGAGAGGUUAAGUGUGGACUAUUUAAAAAUUACUUACGCACAUGCUCUCCAUUAUUAAUGUUGGAGAUGAGAUGCAAAAAAAAGAAGCAAGUGUUGAAAUUCAAUGAAAGCUACUGUAUUCCCGUACUUAAAUUAUAUAAGAACGAAAUUGAGUGUACACAGGAUUGGUAAUUGAUAUUAAUUUUAUAUAGUGAGUUUUAUAGAGAUAUAGUGAACUUAUAUAUAAUAAAGUUGAUUUUAUUACGGAA